CAAAACAAGUGUUUGGGUCACAGGAGUUCGAAGAGAAGACUGUCUGGAUAACAAGUGCACUAUGUCAUUGUAACAAUUUGUAGCUUGCAGGAUCACCCGUGAUUUCAAGGUUGGUUGGACAUGCAGUGGAGUGCAGACUUGUUGCUCGCAGGCCUACAGAAUAUAGGAGAUAGGGAGGGAAUCUGAGCAGCUGUCGAUCGAGCUGAGUUAUCUACUGAACUGAAGAAUACCUCAAUUUGUUUUCCAGUGAAGUCUUUACCUUUUUAUCUCUUUGCACCUCUCGACUCAGUGAUUGUGCAAUGCUAUUUCGUCUGGAGUUCAAAAGUACAAUUAAUAUCAGUUGCAUAUUACCCUCGACCCUUCUCACUGUUCAUACAGUAGGCUGAGUGUAUUAUGUUCCCUCCUAUAUUCACCUAACUUUAUUUCAGUCAAGUCACAUUUAUCACAUUAAGCUUUUGUGGUCAGACUGUGCAGUAUUUGACACUUAUGUUUCACACCGUUCUUUCUAAUAAACGCUCUCAUCAAAGGUGUAUGGAAUUUAAGGAAGUGAGUGCACAGGGAUCAGUCAGUUUUAUCAGUCAAUUUCACACUUUAGUUGUCACACAGCAGUCAUCAUAGAUAAAGAAAGUAACACCUGCAGUCCCUGUGUGAAAUUGGAUAGCUGAUGCAUAACAAUUGAGAUAAUUGGUUAAACAAUUUGCAAAAUACAAACUACUCCAACACUCACACAAACUGACUCUAUUUCCUCCUGUCUAGUUAUAUUUAUCUGAAAGUUGGGUCGCGUAAUAGUCGUGAAAAUCAACUUGUGCUGUGCCUAAUUCUAAUAACCAUCUAGUUUGAAUGAACAUGAUUUACCUCAGAAUAUAUAGGCGAUCCUUCAAUACACGCGCACGACUUCACCCACUCCCCAAACCAGUUUAAAAGAGUCGUUAAUAAUUUAAUGCAAUCCUGUAACUGUCAUAUGAUAUGCAAUAAUACAUUAAUAGAUUUGUAAUAAUUCUGUUGUGUGCCUGUCUGCUCUUCAAAGCCGUUCACUGUCCCCUAGCUCCGCCCUCUCUGUACCUUGUGACAACAACAACUCAUCCACAGAGCGGAGCUGCACUUUUCAGCUCAUUUUCCUCCUGUCAUUCCUGCUUCUAUCUUUGAUCAUUGUCCCACCGCGCGAACCCAAAUCUCACUCAACACGUCUUUUCAGCAUCUCUUUCUACUCCCCAACUCGUCAGAGGAGAUACACUCCCGUGGAUUCUUUCGUUUGAUUUUCUCGACAGCGGGACUUUUUUUUGCAGGACUGGGGUUUAUACUUUGAACUACGUCUACUCUUCCCUAGGUGACCAUGGCCGUACCGGCUACUCUGAUUCCACCAACCCCUCUAGUCCCACCGCCUCAGAUGUCAACUCCGUCAGCGACCACCUCCCCGCCGUCGACAACUUCAUCCCCGUCUCCAUCUAUGGCCCCCUCCGGACAGAACCUGUUCCGAUCAGAGCUGCUUGCCACCAGCAGCCCGGGCAUCCCUACCCCGACCGGAACUCUGCCCAGCAAGCCCGUAUAUUCGACUCCGUCGCCUGUUGAAAACACCCCGCAGAACAACGAGUGUAAAAUGGUAGAGUUACGGGGUGCUAAAGUGGCGUCUUUCACCGUGGACGGCAGCGAACUCAUCUGUCUUCCCCAGGCAUUCGACCUUUUUCUCAAGCACCUGGUAGGCGGGCUGCACACGGUCUACACCAAGCUGAAGCGGCUGGAGAUCACGCCGGUUGUGUGCAAUGUUGAGCAGGUUCGCAUCCUCAGAGGGCUCGGAGCCAUCCAGCCUGGAGUCAACCGCUGCAAACUCAUCUCCAGAAAAGACUUCGAGACUCUCUACAACGACUGCACCAAUGCGAGCUCCAGACCGGGAAGGCCCCCUAAGAGGACCCAGAGCGUGACCUCACCAGAGAACCCACACAUCAUGCCCCACUCUGUCCCUGGACUCAUGUCCCCGGGGAUGAUACCCCCCACAGGCCUGACCGCCGCUGCGGCCGCUGCUGCCAAUGCCGCCAUCGCUGAGGCCAUGAAGGUGAAGAAGAUCAAGCUGGAGGUGAUGAGCGGUUACCACGGCAACGCCAACCAACAUGGGGUCGAUGGCGAGAACGGAGACCUGAGCUCCAGCGUCGGUGAGGGAGCCUUUCGCACACGCUCAUGCUUGGAACUCCCCUUUAUGAUGAUGCCCCACCCACUGAUCCCAGUCAGCCUGCCCCCAGCCUCGGUCACCAUGGCAAUGAGCCAGAUGAAUCACCUCAGCACCAUUGCCAACAUGGCUGCUGCCGCCCAGGGCCAGAGUCUCCCCUCCAGAAUGGUCACCUCCGUCAUAAAGUCUGUGCUGGGGUUCCAGGAGCGCAUGCCGGAUAGCCCGUCUCCGGCUCCCUCCCUGGAGGACGGGCGGAGGCCGGGCAGCCACCCUUCCUCCCACCGCAGCAGCAGCGUGUCCAGCUCCCCCGCCCGCACAGAGAGCUCCUCGGACAGGAUACGUACGUCCCCCUAUUACCUCCCCAUGCAGCGAAUCAGACUGGCGAACUGCGCGUUCAGUUCUUCAACGAUGCACCAGAACGGACUGUCCAUGAACCAGGCCCUGUUGGGCCUCUCCCCCAGCAUCUUGCCUGGGCCCAAGGAGGGAGACCUAGCCCACGAUAUGAGCCACGAAGCCAAGAGGAUGCACAUCGACAAAGAAGACAACGCCAUGUGCACCCCGACGGCAAGAGACAGCUAUGAGAGGUUGUCAUUGGCUAGCCAGGGUCUCCCUCCUGGCUUUCCCUCCCCCUUCCUGUUUCCUGACGGCCUGUCAUCAAUAGAGACCCUGCUCACCAACAUCCAGGGCCUGCUCAAAGUGGCGAUUGACAACGCGCGGGCCCAGGAGAAGCAGGUGCAGCUGGAGAAGACGGAGCUGAAGAUGGAGCUGUUCAGAGAGAGGGAGCUCAGGGAGGCCCUGGAGAAACAGCUCGCCGUGGAGCAGAAGAACAGAGCCAUCAUCCAGAAGCGCCUGAAGAAGGAGAAGAAGACAAAGAGGAAACUGCAGGAGGCUCUGGAGUACGAGACCAAGAGGAGAGAGCAGGCGGAGCAGAGCCUCAAACAGCCGUCGCCCUCCGACAGCAUACGCUCCCUCAAUGACGCUCUGACCCCAGAGAUGGAGACUGACCGCAGCAGUGGAAGAGCAGAUGCUGAGAGGACAAUACAAGAUGGGAGGCUGUUCUUGAAAACCACGGUGAUGUACUGAUAAGACCAGGAGGAGGAGCUGAAGGAAAAGAGAGAGAGAGAAAAAAACAUGAGAUUCUCAAGAGUCCUUAACCAGGCCGAUUUAGUAGUGGAAUGAAGUCAAGCUGCUUGUAGGAGUUCAAUGGAAGUGCUGUAUUCAGCCAAAAGCUGGGGGGUUGUGUCUGAAUGUAGAAUUAGAAAUCUUUUUCUCACAGAGGCCAACAUUACAUAGUUGAUAAACCAGGUUUUGGUGCAGUUUGUUGGCUACAUUGAAGGAUAAAAACAAUUGAGCACAGUAAAACGUACCAAUGGUAUAAAGUUGGUAAAAACUCCAAAUUCACAGCACUGAAGAUUUUUAUACUGGGUUUCGACCAGCCAGAAAGCUUUGAAAAAGAUAAGACUCUGUGGUCUGUUUUGUAUUUCAAGUAAUAUUCCAAGAUUAUAAAAUAUGACACUUGGAGAGUCUUGAGACAAGAAAGAAAAUGUGAAUUUGUCCGUAUGUGGAUCAAAAGAGACGACUGAUUUUAAUGUUUUCUAAAUUAGAUAAAAAAUACAAUCAAGUUUCCUUUCUACCACUGUUGUAUAUAGAAUAUCAGAGGAUACUGAUAGGAUUACUGAUAUGACUGAUAACAUAUGUGUAUAUAAAGUUCAGAGGUGGUAUUGUGUAUGCAGUAGAGCAAACAAUAUUAGGCAAACAAUACCAACAUUUAUAUACAUUUAUAGUUUUGUUUUAUUUCUGAGCCAUCAUUCUUUCAAAUAGCUGCCAUUUUGGUGAGAAAGCAUGCAGGCAUGUAAAUGUUUGUCCUGGAAUCCUGAUAUUUAUAAAUCCUAUAUUGUGCUCAACAAAAACUAGGGUUGUUUCACUCAAAUUACUUUGAAACAUCUCAAAAUGAUCCAUGUCCAACUCUUUGUAACUUGGUUGACAUGGCGUUGGAUUUACUAUCUGUUCAGGUUUUUUAUUGUUCAUAAAGAACUCUCAAAACUGUGUCUAUUUAUUUGUAACAUAGUUUUGCUCAUCUCAAAAUAUCCCGUAAAAAUUUAAUUGUCACACUUUUCGAGGCAUUUUAUGCUGAUUAGUUAAUUAUUUGAGGAUCAUAUACCAGCUUGAGUAACAUAAGCAAUCAGUCACUGUCUCAGUUGUAGUAUAUUCUUCGUUCUAAACUAAAUAUAAGUGUAUCCAUGACACGGUGGCCUCUUUAACGUCCAUGGACAUCCAUGUAUUUGUUUGAGCAAUUAAAUGUGUGUCAUGCCAUCGUGAUGGAAAGCGUUUCUCGACAUUAGGAGAUGCUUGGGCUUCACGGGUUCCUUUUCUCCUGUGUGUGUAAGUAUAUUCCCUAAACAAGAGGUGUUGUGUCCAAUUUUUGUAAAAGGAAUGGGUUUAUAUACCUCAACCAUGAAUGGAAAGGAGUGUCCCCAUGUUCAUAAUGUGUUUUUCUAAGUUUGUUGCCUUGGAGUGUCUAGGGUCUGUUGUCGACAUGUCACUGAUAACUUAUAGAGCUUCUUCAACCACCCCUUCAUUGUACUUCAAUUUCAAAUAAACUUAAACUGUUGAU